AUGCGAGCAGAAAUCAACAGACUAGAGAAUGAGAACCAUGCCCUCCGUGUGAAGCUGACUUCAAGGAGUCAGACGGCAUCUAGCUCAGGUAGAGAAUCAGAGGAUGAAAGGGAAGAAGUGGCAGCGUGUGACCAGUCUCCAGGGACCCUUCCUGGUGAUAUUCCCACCGAUUCUGCACCAGCUGUGCAGGAACAUCAAGGCAAUGUCAUGAUUGUCAGACGCUACACCAUUUCAACAUCAGUUCACUCCUAUGAAGCAAAUGAGCCCUGGGAAGCUGGAAACAGACUUCCAAAUGAUAGAACACCAUUGGCAUGUUCUUCACCUAAAAGGCAAGCUAGUGAAGAAAAGAGGUUGGCAGCAGACGCUUAUGGCAGCAAUAGCUCCAGCCAGAGAGUGUCUUUUGAUGACAAUUGUGUUUGCAGGUAA